UUAUAAUAUAGAAAUUGAUAGAAGUGAUUCGUAAAACCAUGAAUGAAAACACAUACUAAUAUUUUCCAACAAUUUUACAAUGAGUUAAAGUCAGACAGUACGAUUGACUCGUGGCCACUUGUUAAUUCACCAUGGCCAAUAUGCAUUAUUUUAGCACUGUACUUGACAUUUGUACUCAAACUCGGUCCAAAACUUAUGAAAAACCGAGAACCAAUGAACAUAAAGUACCUAAUCCUAUUCUACAACUUAAUGCAGACUAUGUUCAAUAGUUACAUUUUUGCUUACCAAUUCAUUAAACCAGAAAUUUUUAAUUACAUAUGGAACCAUGCAUGUCAUCCUGAUAAUACCAAAAGUAACAUUGUACAUGAGCUACAUAUUGCUUCGUGGUAUUUUGCCAUAUCAAAAAUCAUAGACUUAUUCGACACAGUAAGUAAAAAACUAAUUAUUAAAUUAUAAAUUAAUAUUCAACACAA